CCCCUCCGCACUCCGUCCACCCAAGCAGAAGAGUCUCCAUCGGCGGCUUUAACUGGCUUACCAUACACGGGAAGCACCUGUGAAAAUAAACACUAAACGGGACCUUAUCGUCGCCAUCGUCGGAUAUGGAAGCGGCAAACCCCUCCAGCAGUCACUGCAGUUAUGAAGACUAUAAGGAGACAGCGGACUGGCUGCUUAACCGUACAAAGCAGCGUCCCAAAGUGGCCAUCAUCUGUGGUUCAGGCCUGGGCGGUCUAGCUGAUCUGCUGGAGGAGAAGACAGUGUUCAAAUAUGAGGAUAUUCCACAUUUUCCCACCAGCACUGUGCAGGGUCAUGCAGGGCAGCUGGUGUUUGGCAAGCUGAAUGGCUGCGAGUGUGUCUGUAUGCAGGGGAGAUUCCAUUUCUACGAGGGUUACAACAUACAAACGGUGACUUACCCAGUGCGAGUCUUCUAUCUGCUGGGUGUGAGCACUCUGAUUGUGACAAAUGCAGCAGGAGGACUCAAUGACACCUACAGUGUGGGAGACAUCAUGCUCAUUAAAGAUCACAUCAACAUGCCCGGAUUUGCAGGACAGAACCCUCUGUGUGGGCACAAUGAUGAGAGGUUUGGAGUGCGGUUCCCAUGCAUGUCAGAUGCAUAUGACCGUGACCUGAGAGCCCUGACCAGAAAAACAGCAAAGGAACUGGGCUAUGACAGCUUCCUGCAGGAAGGGGUAUACUGCAUGUUGGCUGGCCCAACAUAUGAAACCAUUGCUGAGUGCAAACUCUUGCAGAGGCUGGGGGCUGAUGCUGUGGGUAUGAGCACAGUCCCGGAGGUGGUGGUGGCUCGUCACUGUGGCACACGUGCCCAGGAGGACGUGGCUCCUGACCGUCGCUUACGUGUCUUGGGCCUGUCCCUCAUCACCAACAAGGUUGUGACAGAUUAUGAGAGCAAUGAAAAAGCAAAUCACACAGAAGUGCUGAAGACUACUGAGCGCAGGACUCAGGAGCUCCAGAAUCUUGUGAGCCGCCUCAUAGCCAACCUCUAGUAACAUCAUCUACUAUCUGAUGGACCAAUUGAACAUUUUAGGCCUUACAGUCAAAUUUGUGGUGACAGAAUAAUCAUAGCUUUGAACAAAAGGUAAAAAUGGUGCUUUGUGGGAUAGAUUAUUAUUUGCUAUUGGGUAAAGUGGACAUUUAGGAGAAGUUAUAAGGUUUAAGAUUUUAAGGGAUUUAGCACUACCUCAGCAAGAGCUGCACAAAUCAACAAAUGUGAUCCAGGAAACGUAAGCCUGAAUCCAUGCAUCCAUUCCAGUGUUUCAACUUUCCACAGUCUCAGAUAUCACAGAUAAAUAACUGUAAUAGUAAUACUUUUACAACCACCGGUGUGCAUUUCUCUCCUAAUGUAAGUGCCGCAGGGUAGCUGGGGUUUUCCCUGUACUCCCUAUUAUUAUCACAGUGGCAGCAAAUUCUAAUCUGGGUCCUUGUUGAAAACCAGACUUGAGUAUCUGAGUGAAUCCAAACCUUUAAGAUUUGAUGGUUAGUUUAUGCCUUCCUUCCUCUCUCCCACUCAUAUUUUUGCUGCAUGCAUGCAUGCUGCAGUUUGUCUUUAGCGAGAGCAAUGCGAGCAUCUACUACCUAUGAAUCCACCAUUUAUCUGUUUCAGGUGCAUGUGGAAAACCCUGCUAGCUUAUGGACUGGACUUAUCAACUGGCAUUAUUUAGUGGUUUCUUCUUGUUAAGGAUGCACUUUUAAUAAUUAUUUUACCUGUAAAUCAAUGUGGGCAUAUUUAUUAUACACUUUAAUCAAGAGUUUUAUAUUUCUAAGCAGGCAGACGACAUAUCUAUCCAAUGUAUUUAUCAUAUAAUACUGGCCUACAAAUAAAUAGGCCAAUCUCUGAUAUCAUUCCUAAUAUUUAAAGAAGAAAUCAAUGAGUUUCUUAAAAGUUUGUCAAAAAAUGAAAAGCACAUGGUUUUAGUAAUCUCUUACUGUAGAUCAGCAGUUACAGUUAUAUAUAUAUAUAUUUAUACCAUACAUAUAUCAUACAUAGAGAGAAAUCUAACUAAUCACACAAAAAGCACACGGUAUAGUCUGAAAGAUAUACCAGCAGUCUUGUUAAAUGGUUGUGAUGUGUGAGGGUUUUUUUCUUUAGUGGACUGCUUUAUUUGCACACUGUGAGGCCUUAACACUGUAACAUCAGAGAGGGCUGGAAUACCUGCAGUUUUCAAUCUUUUCUGUGCUCAUCUGGAACAAGUUUGCCUGCCAGCUUGUCUUGACCAUCUCAUUCACUGGAAAGGCCGGAAAAAUAGAAGCUCAGCAGUCCAAAUUUGGCAAUUUGUUUUAGUCUCCGGUUUUCUGGUCUUUCUUGUGGUUGUACUUUAUUGGAUGAAUUAACCCUUAUGUGUUGUUUGUUGAUCUUAUUUAAAGUACUGAGGUCUCAGGUUAGAAUUGUAUUCACUUAUAUAACAAUGCACUCUAGCAAAGCAAUUAUUUGCCACACCAGCUUUUGCUGCUAUUAAAUAAAAAUUUGGAGAUGA